UUCCAAAUCAACAAAAUGAAUUACAGGUAACAUUUGGCAAAAGUAUAAAUAAUUUUUAUGCUAAGAAAAUCUAAAAGAAACUAGUUUUCGAUGUUUCAGUAAAAUGUAAUUUAAUAUGAAAUUAACAUACACUUCGAACAGGCUAAUUUCUAUGCACAAUUGACACAUAAUUCACUCAAGACAGAUGCUACAUCAAACAUCAUUUUCCGUCAUAUCAAGUCAGUAGAUGAUUCUUCCACUGAAAUUGUAAGCGAGCUUGGUACUACGGACAUGGCAAUCGGGGUAUCUGUUACGAUACUUUUACUUUUCCUGAUUUUACUUCAAUUCUUAUGAUAAUCUGAUUCAAUUAUCUUUACACAGGAUGCAACCGCAGAGAUUAUGAUAACGACACUUGGAAAGAUCCCGAAUGAGAUGUAUUAUUUGGAGGACACGACUAUCAGCAAAAAGGUUGCUGCUUACGGCACCGAGUCACGCAUGAUACUCGAUUGCAAUCAGACCACAUUAGCUUCGAUAGAAGUCAUUGAAUCUGAAAGAUAUGCGGAACACACAACGUUGUUGACCGUUUUGCUGGUUACGUUCUUUAUCAUAUUGCUGAUGUGUUGCAUCACGGCAUGCAUAAUCGCGAGAUCCAGGAGGAGCAGGCAUGCCUCCUUAACCAAGAGUGACAUCGAGUGCAGGCCAGACUGCAGGGGUGUGAAUCAACCCCUGCUGAACAAAGAUUCCGAGGCAACGACCAGGACCAGUUCGACCAGAAACUGAAGAGAGAAGUCCUCGAAAAUGCUUACCUCUUGAAUUCCAAUCCGACUCGAGACGAGCUUACAGCGGCACGAUACUUAACCUCAAAAUUGUUACACGCGGAUUUCGCCGCGAAUUAGCCAGGCACGAAAGCGCAGAAACGCGCCAAUCGUGUAUCGCGCGUUCGUCUUCUUACGUUUUAUUACGACGAAGAGUCGGGAUCUUUACACGAGAGAACGAAGAGGUCGAAAAACGAAGGACGAGGAGAGUCGUGAUCUCGGGACGAGACGAAGGGCG